AUUUGUAUAGUGUGUUCAACACCAAAACAGAACAAGAAAUACAAAUUUUAUUUUUCUGUCUUGGCAUUAGAGCUAUUAAGCUGAAAAGCUCUAGAUCCAUCAAAGAAAAAAAAAUGGCAUCUGCUGCCAGCAACAACAACAAGAAUGAUCUUCCAUCAUCUAUAUCUGUCAAGCUGGACAGAAACAAUUAUCCCUUAUGGAAAUCUUUGGUCCUACCAGUGGUCAAAGGAUGCAAACUCGAUGGAUAUAUGCUUGGAACAAAACAGUGUCCUGUAGAGUUCAUUACAUCUUCUAACUCAGGCAAGAAAAACAAUCCUGCCUUUGUAGAAUGGCAAGCCGAUGAUCAGCGCCUCCUUGGAUGGAUGCUCAACUCGAUGAAUACUGAAAUUGCAACACAACUGUUGCAUUGUGAGACCUCCAAACAACUUUGGGAUGAGGCUCAAAGUCUGGCUGGAGCACACACAAGGUCUCAAAUCGUCUAUCUCAAGUCUGAAUUUCACAGCAUCAGAAAAGGAGAAAUGAAAAUGGAAGACUACCUAAUCAAAAUGAAGAACCUUGCUGACAAACUCAAACUUGCAGGCAAUCCAAUUUCAACUUCUGAUUUGAUCAUUCAAACUCUAAAUGGUCUGGAUUCUGAAUAUAAUCCUGUAGUUGUCAAACUGUCCGAUCAAACUACACUUAGUUGGGUGGAUUUAUUACAAGCUCAAUUACUAACUUUUGAAAGUAGAAUUGAGCAGCUGAAUAACCUCACCAACCUGACCCUCAAUGCAACAACAAAUGUUGCAAACAGAUCUGACCACCGAGGAAAAAGGUUCAAUUCAAACAACAAUUGGAGAGGUUCUAACUUCAGAGGUUGGAGAGGAGGCAGAGGAAGAGUUAAGUCAUCCAAGAACACAUGCCAGGUAUGUGGUCUGAGUAACCACAUCGCAAUAGACUGCUUUCACAGGUUCGACAAAACUACUCAAGAUCCAACCAUUCGGCAGAUCAUAACAAGCAAGGAUCUCACAAUGCCUUCUUAUCCUCUAAGAAUUCAGUUGAAGACUAUGACUAGUACUUUGAUAGCGGUGCAAGCAAUCGUGUGACACAUCAAACUGACAAGUUUUAAGACUUGACUGAGCACCAUGGACAAGUUGACAGGGAAGGUAAUACUAAAAGGGCUACUUAAAGAUGGAUUGUACCAGCUCUCAGGAACUAAAAAGAAUCCAAGUGUUUAUGUAUCUAUCAAGGAGAGGUGGCAUAGAAGACUUGGUCACCCUAAUAAUAAAGUCUUAGACAAAGUCUUGAAAAGUUGUAAUGUCAAAGUACCACCUAGUGAUAAUUUUAGUUUUUGUGAGCAUGCCAAUAUGGCAAAAUGCAUCUUUUACCUUUUAAGUCUUCUUCUUCUCAUACUAAGGAACCACUUGAGUUGGCCCACACUGAUGUAUGGGGUCCUGCACCAAUAAUGUCAUCAUCUGGUUUUAAAUAUUAUGUGCAUUUUGUUGAUGAUUUUAGUAGAUUCACUUGGAUUUAUCCUUUGAAACAAAAGUCUGAGACUGUGCAAGCUUUCAUUCAAUUUAAGAACUUGACUGAAAAUCAAUUUAAUAAAAGAAUUAAAGUAAUUCAGUGUAAUGGUGGUGGUGAAUAUAAACCUGUGCAAAAACUUGUAAUAGAAGCUGGCAUACAAUUUAGAAUGUCAUGUCCAUAUACCUCUCAACAAAAUGGAAGAGCUGAGAGGAAACAUAGACAUAUAGUUGAGUUUGGUUUAACCUUACUUGCACAAGCUCAAAUGCCCUUACAUUAUUGGUGGGAAGCUUUCUCUACUGCAGUAUACCUCAUAAAUAGAUUGCCAUCUCAAGUUACUCAAAAUGAGAGUCCUUAUUCAGUGAUGCUUCAGAAAGAACCUGACUAUAAGCUCCUAAAACCAUUUGGUUGUGCAUGUUACCCCUGCCUCAAACCAUAUAACCAACACAAGUUACAAUUCCACACAACCAGGUGUGUAUUCUUGGGAUAUAGCAACUCACACAAAGGGUACAAAUGUCUCAACUCUCAUGGAAGGACUUUCAUAUCCAGACAUGUCAUCUUUAAUGAAGAUCACUUUCCAUUCCAUGAUGGGUUUCUCAAUACAAGAAGUCCUCUAAAAACAACAAUUAACAGUUCAUCUACUUCUUUUCCUUUGUGCACUGCAGGUAAUGACAUCGAUGUUAUCACUGAAGUAGAAAAUCCAACUGAAAUAAACACAGAAGACCCCCAAGAUGUUAACAGUGACACUGAACAAAUUGACAAUGAUUCGUCAGAAGAUAACACCACUCAUGACGAGUCACUGGACAUAACUCAGCAGCGAACACAAAUACAGGCAAUUCAAUACACACAAGGAGUAAGUCGGGUGUUCAUUUUUUUUGAAGAAGAAGUCUGGCAUUCAUAAACCAAAGCUACCUUACAUUGGAAUCACAGAGACUUACAAAGACACAAUGGAACCUGCAAAUGCAAAGGAAGCUCUCACAAGACCCUUAUGGAAAGAAGCAAUGCAAAAGGAGUUCCAAGCCCUCAUGUCCAACAAAACAUGGAUACUAGUGCCCUACCAAGAUCAAGAAAACAUAGUUGAUUCAAAAUGGGUCUUCAAGACCAAAUACAAGCCAGAUGGUUCCAUAGAAAGGAGGAAAGCCAGACUAGUUGCAAAGGGGUUUCAACAAGCAGCUGGAAUCGACUAUGAAGAAACAUUUAGUCCAGUAAUCAAAGCUAGCACAGUCAGGAUUAUUCUUUCCAUUGCAGUGCACCUCAAUUGGGAAGUCAGGCAACUAGACAUCAACAAUGCAUUCUUAAAUGGACACUUCAGAGAAACAGUAUUCAUGCAUCAACCAGAAGGAUUUGUUGAUCCUACCAAGCCUAAUCAAAUAUGCAAAGCAAUAAUGGAUAAAUAAGUGCUAUUCCUAUGCAUGACGUGUUGUCAUGA